AAAUUAUGAACAUUGCCGAAAAAUUAUGAACAUAUCAGCAACAAAUUAUGAACGUACUGUGAACGUUUGCUCGUCACAUUUGCUCGUCACAUUUGCUCGCCACAUUUACUCGCCACAUUUACUCGCCACAUUUACUCGCCACAUUUGCUCGUCACAUUUGCUCGCCACAUUUGCUCGCCACAUUUACUCGCCACAUUUACUCGCCACAUUUGCUCGCCACAUUUGCUCGCCACAUUUGCUCGCCACAUUUGCUCGCCACAUUUUCAAACGCGCGCUGUCACCCCACUGUAACGGCCAACUGGCAAAGGGAGGAGCCAAGCGAACGGAGUUGAAGCGGCCGGAUGUGCCAAGAGAGACCGCGCGGAAACGCAAACAGGUAAAAUAUAAACGAUAAAAGGUUAAAGCGAUUUUUUUUCAAAUCAGUACACAGAACAGGAGGGAGAAAAACACAUUACAGCGACGAACAAGGAGCGCCGUUCUGUACGCCCACGUAACAAUUAGCAGUGUACCAUUGCAUAGUUAGCGCAAACGUGCAUACGCGCUGCCUUAGCCGAACAGCUCAUUAAUCACUUUUGAGGAAGGUCAUUCGCCCGCCCCCACGAACGGCGACAGUUCCAAACGCAUCGCCUGCGUAUACAAGAGGAAAGUGACAAGUCGGCACGGCAGGAGCAACAAGGGAGAACCGCCAACCGCUCACCGGCAAUCGCUCACCACUAACCGCCCACCGCUUAACCGCUUAACCGUUUAACCGCCACCCCCUAGCAUGGAGAACUUCCAGGGCCUGAAGUUCGCGGCGAAGGCGCCCGCGGGGAGCAGCGCCUACGGGAAGGAGGACGGGCUCGAGGUGAAGUUCGAGAGGAAGGAGGACGAGAACUUUGUGUACGCCUCGUACGAGCAUGUGGAGGCGCAAGUGCAGAAGGAGGUCAGCGGUGCGGCUAGCGGUGCCAGCGGUGCGGGGGGACAGGUCACCCUCUCCUGCAAGAAGGUGAGCACCAACUACGAAAUUAAGGUGGAGAAGCUGAAGGAAAAAAAACUGGGGGUUUUACUCAUCGGCAUUGGAGGAAACAACGCCACCACGAUGUUAGGAGGGAUCUGUGCAAAUGCGAAGAAGCUAAUUUACACAAAUAAAUACGACGUGAAGAAGGCCAAUUACUUGGGAAGUGUCUUCCUCUCUUCCAAUGUGAGGCUAGGCUAUGAUGCAAAGAGUCGAGAGCACUCCUACUGCCCCAUACACAAGCUAAUCGAGGUAUAUAACCCAGAGAAUAUUACCUUUGGAGGGUGGGAUCUUAACAAUUUGAAUUUGAAAGAUUGCUUGGUGAGGAACAAAGUGUUUGAGCAGGACUUGGUGGAAAAAAUAAAAGAAGAAAUGAACUACGUGCCUUUGAAAAGUGUCUACUUUAAAGGCAACUUCAUUGCAGCCAAUCAGCAGAAGAGAGUAAAUAACAUUCUUGUGGGGAGUAACAAGCUAGAAAUUUUGGAACAAGUGAGGGUACAAAUUUGCAGCUUUAAAAAGACAAACAAUCUAGAUGAAGUGAUCGUCUUAUGGUCUGGAAACACCGAAAAGAAUAUCCCCCACAUUGAAGGGGUAAACGAUACGUAUGAGAAUAUUCUUCUGGCUUGUAAGAACAACCACCCGUCUGUCUCUCCAAGCAUUGUGUAUGCCCUCGCUUCUGUGCUGGAGAACUCCCCCUUUAUUAACAGCAGUCCACAGAAUACCCUCGUCAACGGGGUGGUGCAGCUGGCCGAGCAGAAGGGCAUCUUCAUCGUCGGGAAUGAUUUGAAGACGGGCCAGACGAAGAUCAAGAACUUCCUCCUCGACUUUUACUUCGGCACGGGCCUGAAACCCAAGAGCAUCGUCUCGUACAACCACCUCGGGAACAACGACGGGAAGAACCUCUCCUCGGACCUCCAGUUCUACAGCAAGAAGAUUUCGAAGAGCAACCUCAUCUGCGACUACGUGAAGGCCAACGAGCAUAUGUACGCCGACGAAGAAGAGGAGGCCGUUCUGUCAAGUAAACUCACCAAGCAGAGCGCGGAUUACUGCAAGGGGGACAGUCUGCUCUCCACCUCCACAGACGUUACAGAUUUGGAAGCGGAUUACGCAUAUGCAGAGGCGAUAGAAAACCAGAAGGUGAAUAGCGAAAUUGUUAUUAAGUACGUUCCCUACGUAGGAGACGAUAAGAAGGCCAUCGAUGAGUACAUUAGCGAAAUUUUUAUGAAUGGAAAGAAUACAAUUUCGCUGUAUAACGUUUGCCAGGACUCUCUGUUGGCUUCUCCCAUUUUGAUAGAUUUAAUUCUUUUGGUGGAAUUAUCUCAGCGAGUUUACUUCAAGGGAGGGUCCCCAGGUGCCUCGGGAAUCGUUCCCUCUGCGCAGUCGACCAUAAGCAACCCCAUCAACGUUGGUGGGGAUUACCAAUUGGCGCACACAAUUGAAAAGGACAAGUACCCGGAAUUUAAAAAAAUGGAGUGCGUUCUCUUCCUCUCUAGUCUCUUCUGCAAAUCUCCGUUCAACUCAAGUGUUUACAAAACAAGGCACUCGUUCUUUUCCCAGUUGGAGAGUCUCUGCAACUACGUGAGGAUUAUCUGCGGCCUCCCCGUGGACGACCACCUGGACCUCCCCUACAUGCUCUGAGCGCGGCCACCAUGUGAUUUUCCCCUAUGUGUAGAGGUGCCGUCAGAGCAGUGGCAGCCGAAUCGGAUGUGCGUCAGUGGCAGCAUGUUAUGAUGACGUUAGAAGCGCGCGUGCCCACUGCCUCGUCAGCGUUUUAUUUACACUCCCUCCCUCCAGCGCGUCCGCCGUUCUCCUUUUUAAAUCACUUUUUUAGCAAUUUGCGUGUAAGUUUUCGGGGCUGCUGAGAAGAAUCCCCUCCCGUGUGUUAAAUUUUUUCCAUUUUUCGCCCAUUUUUCGCCCAUUUUUCGCCCAUUUUUCGCCCAUUUUUCGCCCACUUUUCUGCCUUUUCGCCUCUCCUGCCGCACUCCGCCCCGUUUGCCCAUUUAUGAUAACUGCACGGAGUGUGCGACUGGUGAACAGGUGGAGAGGAGAGGAAGCAGAGGUGGCAGAGCCAGCAGAGGCAUGGGUCUUUGAGGGAGAGGAGG